CAAACGCAGCACAGCUAUCAAAAUGGACAGAGACAGCGACUACCUUGGAAAAUAUCGUGCUAUUUCUGGCAAACUGAAGAAGCGUUUCUUGCGCAAGCCAAAUGUUGCUGAAGCCGCUGAUGAAUUUGGUAACCUGGCUAAGGUGUUACAUAAUCAAGAAUGUCCUUCCUAUGCAGCUCUGUUUAGCCUUGCCAAGGCCAGAUGUGAACACACAUUAGCAAACCACCCUGCUGAAGUGCAUGCUCUUGUGGAAGCAGCCCAUGAGUUCCUGGAUGCUGAGUGGAGCGACCGGUCUAUGCAUUGUCCAAACUUUGAAGAGAAUCUCUGUGCUGCCAUCAACUGCUACAACCAUGCUGUCAGGGUUAGUAUUGAGCAUAAACAACCAGCUCUUGCAGCAACUCUUUGCCUUCAACUUGGAAACAGUCUUAGGAGAUUAAAGAAACCCGCAGAAGCAAUGGGACAUUAUCAGAAGGCAGCAGAACUACAAUAUCAGUGUCCAUUGGAUUGUCUGCAUUCAUUAAGAAAAGUUGCUUCAUGCAAAAUUGAAAUAGGUGAUUUUGAUGGUGCUUUGGCGGUUUUGACUGAAAUGGAAUACUUGGUAAGAGAUCGAGGUAUCCUAGGAUCCAACAACCAGCCAAUAGGAGCAUUCUCAGACAUCCUUGCUACAUGUGAGAUCAGUAGAGUACUUCUUCUAAUGCUGUUACAGCCUACUCCUCAGCGUAUACGACCUGAGCAUGCACAGACAUUAGAGAAAUACACAUGGGAAAGUGAUGAAUCUAACCCAGCAACUGAAUGUAUAACAGAAGAAGUGUUUCUCUUACUGCAAUCAGUGGUGAUGGCUUGUCAGUCUAAAGACAGUGAAUCAUUAAAGAAACUACAAGCUGAUUUAUGGUGCCAUCUAUCAGCAGAACAGAAUCACAUUCUUCACCUAGUAUUAGAACAGAUAGCACUACCCCCUCAAGAGGCAAGUGCAAUAUGAGCAGCGCAUCAAUAGCAGGAAGAAACAGGUCAUAUUCCACAUUAAACAGUGCAAUAUCCAAUGUUUGGAUGUCAAUGAUCAUCUACGUAUAAUGGUGUUAUUCGGUAAUGUUAUACAUGAAUGAAUGUAUUCCUAUUGUGUUUGUAAGGUUCAUUUUUUUAAUUUGAUUUGAGUUUCAUCAUUAUUUUGAAGAGUUUUUCUAACUAUGUUGAACUAUGCUAGAGGGUAUUCAUUUGUCUCGCAAUCUACAAUGGUCAACAAGGAAAUUCGUGAUCACUCUCGCAAAAAGUGUUCACUAGCUUUCUAGGAAAUUCGUGAUCACUCUCGCAAAAAGUGUUCACUAGCUUACAAGUUCACGAGCUUUCGAGUGCCGCUGCAACUCUUUAUCAAGUGAGCUCGUGAACUUGUAAGCUAGUGAACACUUUUUGCUAGAGUGAUCACGAAUUUCCUAGAAAGCUAGUGAACACUUUUUGCGAGAGUGAUCUCGAAUUUCCUUGUUGACCAUAGUAGAUUGCGAGACAUAUGAAUACCCUCUAGCGAUUAUUUCAGUCCGCAAUAAUGAACCUAUUUAGUAUGUUGAACUUGUUUAUAAUCAUGGGCCAUGUUCUAGUACUGAAAAUGUUGGUAGAGUUUGAUUUCUUCCCAUCUGCAUUAACGGAAGGUAUGGGAUAUGGACAAAUGACUUGCAUCUAUUCACUAUCACCUUAAAAAAUAGUAAUAUACAGAAUCAAUUCUAUAUAUAUAUUGUUUGAAAUUUCCAAGAUAUAUAAUCUGCUUCAAAAUUGUUUUUUCUGACUGAUGAAGGGCCAUUAUCUUAACUUUUCUGUCCUUGCAUCUGUACCAAAUUAUGUUCUCAUUUUAUGUUCAAAGUUCAUCAAUUGCCACCCAUUUUGUUAGGUAUUAGAUCACAGUUAAUCCAAUACCAUCGGCAGUGAACCUCAGAUAUCAGAUAGUCUGUUUAAUGAUGCUAUUAUACAUUUUCGUGAUUAAGUCUGAUGUUAUGAUUGGAUAACCAUGAUUCAGUCAGGUUGUCUGCAAUGCUCUUGAUAGCAACUAAAAUGUCAUCUACAAAAAACAACUUGCAAGCCUGCUUAAAUCUUGUCCAUUAUAUCUUGGGCUUGUCUUGCACUGUUUUUACUUCAAGCACAAUCAGUUUGUUGCCACCAAGCCUGUCAGUGUUCUACAUGAGCAGAUGUGUGAAAUUUUUUCCAAAGACGAGCUUGUUGAAGUGGUGUUUCUUCCACGUAGAGCUCAAGCCUUCAUUUUCAAGUUCGUUUUUUUUAUGAUUAUUUUUUGCCGCGAGUGUGUCAAUAGUUAGUCAGUAGGCUUGUUCACUAUGAUGUAAUGAUAAAAGCCAUCUGACAAGAUGUCAGUUGGCUUUGUAAAACUACUUUUCUGUCAGAUCUGACAAGAUGUCAGAUAGGAAAUGUGGAUUAAAUGCCCCCAUGUUGACUAUAUCCUCUAAUGAAUAGGAGAUUGUUUUAGUUUUUUGACAGAAAGGCUUGGCAUUAGGUGUAGGGAUGCUGUGAAACUCCCUGUCUAUUGCUUUUGAAUGACUUCACAUUCUUUUGAAGCACAUCUAGAAGCUCUUGAUUUUGUGUGCAUAUGUAGCUUCUUCAUUUUUCUCAUGAUUCUUUACCACUGAGCUAAGGUAAUGACCCCCAAACAUUUCCUUCAAGUUUGUUUUAAUGUUAUCUUAAACAAGAUGGCCAUCUUCUUUAUGCAGGCAUUAGAAUUCUAUGGGGAGUUACAUUAAGAGCCAUCUAUAUGUAACAAAACCUUAGACUCUAAUACCUUGGUCACAUUUGUUCUACGGCAGCUGUACGGCGAGUCGAAAACAAUCGUUUUAACAUUUUUUUUUUACCAGCAAGAUAUAGGUGGUUUGAAUAAAAAUGAAUAUAACGGCUGCUUUCGACUCGCCGUACGGCCGCCGUAGAGCAAAUGUGACCGAGGUAUUAAUGAGCUUUAGGAUUUAUCUUCUUGUAACAUGAUGAUUUUUUCAUAUUUCUUACUCAACAAAUUCUACUAUCAUGUGUGCUCCCUGGCCUUGUGUAGAAACAUUUGUUUUUAGCAUUGCACGUCAAGCCAUUCAUCCGGUACAUCAUCCUUUUCUGAAAAAGAGAAAAGAAUAUUUUUCUUUAGUCAUGCAUCUUCUAUUUUUUCUGUUAAUUCUCUGGGGCAACUGCCUGGUAUAAAUUAAAAAGGGUCACGCAUUCUGCUUUCUAAUGGAAGUUUUGAAAACUCUGGUAUAUAACCAGGUUGGUUAUAAAGAAGUAAUUGAGGAUGAACCAAUAGGAGAGCAGGAGGAUGGUGAUUGGUCAGUAGGUAAUUGGUAACUAAUUGGUGCUAAUCCCGGAUUAAGCCUCUAUUGCGUUGCAGUGGUUACAUAAGACCUCUAUUGUGUGGGGUUGGAUGAGAUUAGGCUUCUAUUGAUUGGCGGUCUUGUUUAACAGUGGGUUCCAAAUAUUGUUGAUGAGUAGGCUACUGUCUUGUAGUCAUGUUGGUGAUUUCUAUGGCCUCUUGUACCUGUCCGUAUGCCAGUGCUUGAUUGACGUUAGUAGCUUGGCAUCCUCCCAUAUAAUUUUGCGUUGUAGUUGGUGUGCAUGCUUGGCUAUUGCAGAUUUCUCCCAUUCCCCCUAAGGAUUAUAUACAUAUAUAGGACUAUAGCGAUCUAAAAUUGAGAGCAUUAUAACGACCCAUUUGUAAAAUAUACCUUUUCUUCUUACAUGUAUAUACAAAUAUCACAUUAUGGAUGUGACGACCUUCAUUGCUGGAGCAAAAUGUCUAUUGACUUUGUUUGGGGGAAAUCCAAAGCCCCCUUUAAAAGAUCCUUGUACUGCCCCCUACAUGAUGUUAUUUCAUAUACUUGUUUCGAGUGUAGAAAGUUAUGGACCACUUACAUGUACCAAGAGAAAAUCAUCUGUGUGGUUGAAACUGUUUGUUUUUUUACGAAAAGGUUGCUUAAUGCUUCUCGAAUGUUUUUCAGGUUCCCAUUCUCUGUAUGAGAUGAUUUGGUGUAUAGCUCCGAGAUGAUAUCCUUCACAGAGAGAAAAAAAAAAUUUCAACAAAGUAAGGCUGUCAUGUAGUUAUUACCGGUACCUUUUUUGUACAUUUGAUAUUCUAAUUUCAGCCACUUGAGUUUAAAUUGACUUGACAGUUCUUCAGAGACCCUCAAUCUCAUCACGUCUAUAGGACUAUAGCGAUCUAAAACUGAGAGCAUUAUAACGACCCAUUCGUAGGAUAUACCUUUUCUUCUUAUAUACGAAUAUCACAUUAUGGAUGUGACGACCUUCAUUGCUAGAGCAAAAUGUCUAUUGACUUUGUUUGGGGGAAAUCCAAAGCCCCCUUUAAAAGAUCCUUGUACUGCCCCCUACAUGAUGUUAUUUCAUAUACUUGUUUCGAGUGUAGAAAGUUAUGGGCCACUUACAUGUACCAAGAGAAAAUCAUCUGUGUGGUUGAAACUGUUUGUUUUUUUACGAAAAGGUUGCUUAAUGCUUCUCGAAUGUUUUUCAGGUUCCCAUUCUCUGUAUGAGAUGAUUUGGUGUAUAGCUCCGAGAUGAUAUCCUUCACAGAGAGAAAAAAAAAUUUCAACAAAGUAAGGCUGUCAUGUAGUUAUUACCGGUACCUUUAUUGUACAUUUGAUAUUCUAAUUUCAGCCACUUGAGUUUAAAUUGACUUGACAGUUCUUCAGAGACCCUAUUUAAUCUCAUCGUGUCUAUAGGACUAUAGCGAUCUAAAACUGAGAGCAUUAUAACGACCCAUUUGUAAGAUAUACCUUUUCUUCUUAUAUAAGAAUAUCACAUUAUGGGUGUGACGACCUUCAUUGCUAGAGCAAAAUGUCUAUUGACUUUGUUUUGGGGAAAUCCAAAGCCCCCUUUAAUAGAUCCUUGUACUGCCCUCUACAUGAUGUUAUUUCAUAUACUUGUUUCGAGUUUAGAAAGUUAUGGACCACUUUCAUGUACCAAGAGAAAAUCAUCUGUGUGGUUGAAACUGUUUGUUUUUUUACGAAAAGAUGGCCAAAUGCUUCUUGAAUGUUUUUCAGGUUCCCACUCUCUGUAUGAAAUGAAUUAAUGUAUAGCUCCGAGAUGAUAUCCUUCACAAAGAGAAAAAAAAAUGUCAACAAAGUUAGGCUGUCAUGUAGUUAUUACCAGUACCUUUAUUGUACAUUUGAUAUUCUAAUUUCAGCCACUUGAGUUUAAAUUGACUUCUGAGUUCUUCAGAGACCCUAUUUAAUCUCAUCGUGUCUAUAGGACUAUAGCGAUCUUAAACUGAGAGCAUUAUAACGACCCAUUUGUAAGAUAUACCUUUUCUUCUUAUAUAAGAAUAUCACAUUAUGGAUGUGACGACCUCCAUUGCUGGAGCAAAACGUCUAUUGAUUUUGUGUAAUAUAAUAAUAAUAAUAAUGGUUAUUUAUAUGCGCUAUACACAAAAAGUAUCACAGCGCUUACAAUUGUCAGAAAUAAAAUAUAAAUAUAAAUCUUAAGUAACAAAGUAUAGAAAUGUAUGCAUUAAAUUGCAUCAACUAUUGGUGUUCUCAACUGCGCCAGAUGAGGCCUGGUGGCCUCUUGCUUGUUGCUUCGUUCACCAACAAUUUAAGGGACAAGCCCGGUCAGCACAUCAUUCACAGAAGCUCUAGUAUAGCACCACCAGGCCCCAGAUGGAUUAGCCAAGUCAAACCAAACAGUGAUAGCAAAAUUCAUCAAAACAAAUACAUAUUAAAUAAAUGAAAAUAGAAAACUAGAUAUUUGGAAAAAGAUAUGACUUGAGUUGUUGUUUGAAAGAUGAUAUGGUCGGUGUUGUUCGGAUGGUAGAGGGGAGUGUAUUCCAAAGUUUAGAUCCAGCUAUACUAAAACGUUUUUCUGCUAUGGAGAGGUUUGUUCUCGGAAUAACAAGUUUGGUGGUAUCAUUCAGGGAACGUAGAUUACGAGCAGGUGUGUAAUGAGCAAUUGUGUUUACAAGAUAUGAAGGACCAGUACUGUUAACCAAUUUAUAAAUGUACAGACAAAGUUUGAACAUGACGGACACGUUGAGAAAAAGGGAGCCAAUGGAGUUUCCUAAUCAAAGGAGACGUAUUUACAUUGCGACUAACUGAAAAUACUCAACGUGCGGCACAAUUCUGAACACUUUGAAGUUUUUUCUGAUCUUUAACACAAAGAACUGAAAAGAGAACUAUUACAAUAGUCAAGUCUGGAAAGUACAAGUGCCCUAACUGCAUGAUGGCAAGUUUUUUAAUUGAUAAAUCUUCUAAUGCGCCACAGAUUUUUAAGAUGGAUAUUACAGGUACGUACAGUAUUACAGACAUGAGAUGAGAGUGUAAAGCACAAGUCAAUACAUAUGCAAAGAUUCUUAACUUUAGAGGAUAGUGUAAUUUCAUUUUCACAUAUGAGUUUGUGUAGGGGAAAUCCAAAGCCCCCUUUGAAAGAUCCUUGUAGUGGCCUCUACAUGAUAUUUUAUGUACAGUGUACUUGUUUCGAGUAUAAAAAAAAUGAUGGACCACUUACAUGUACCAAGAGAAAAUCAUCUGUGUGAUUAAAACUGCUCAUUUGUUCAUUAACCGAACGAUGGCCGAAUGCCUCUCUGAUGUUCAACGAGCCUUUCUCUGUGUGAGAUGAAUUGGUGUAAAGCUCAGAGAUGAUAUCCUUCAUAUAGAGGAAGGAAAAAAAAAUCAUUGUUAGGUCGUCAUGUUGUACCUUUAUUGCACGUUUGAUAUUCUAAUUUCAACCACUUGAGUUUAAAUGGACUUGAGAGUACAUGUACUUCAGAAAUCCUAAAUCUCAUCACGUUUAUAGGACUAUAGUGACUUAAAAUCAGCAUUAUAACAACCCAUUCGUAAUAUAUACCUUUUCUUCUUAUAUAUUAAUAUCACAUUGUGGAUAUGAUGACCUUCAUUGCUGGAGCGAAACGUCUAUUAACUUUUAAUGUAAGGGAAAUCCGAAGCCCCCUUUAAAAGAUCCUUGUACUGCCCUCUACAUGAUGUAUACAGUGUACUUGUUUCAAGUAUUAAAAAAAUGAUGGACCACUUACAUGUACCAAGAGAAAAUCAUCUGUGUGAUUAAAACUGCUCAUUAGUUCAUUAACUGAACGAUGGCCGAAUGCCUCUGAUGUUCUUGAAUGAGCCUUUCUCUGUGUGAGAUGAAUUGGUGUAAAGCUCCGAGAUCAUAUCCUUCAUAUAGAGGAAGGAAAAAAAUCAUUGUUAGGUCGUCAUGUUGUACCUUUAUUGCACGUUUGAUAUUCUAAUUUCAACCACUUGAGUUUAAAUGGACUUGAGAGUACAUGUACUUCAGAAAUCCUAAAUCUCAUCACGUUUAUAGGACUAUAGUGACUUAAAAUCAGCAUUAUAACGACCCAUUCGUAAGAUAUACCUUUUCUUCUUAUAUAUUAAUAUCACAUUGUGGAUAUGAUGACCUUCAUUGCUGGAGCGAAACGUCUAUUAACUUUUAAUGUAAGGGAAAUCCGAAGCCCCCUUUAAAAGAUCCUUGUACUGCCCUCUACAUAAUGUUAUUUUAUAUACAGUGUACUUGUUUCGAGUUUUAAUAAUGAUGGAACACUUACAUGUACCAAAAGCAAAUCAGUGUGGUUAGAACUGUCCAUUUGUUUGUUGGCCAAACGAUGGCCAAAGGCUUCCCUGAGGUUUUUCAGGAUUCUUAUCUCUGUAUGUGAAGAAUUGUUGUACAGUUCCGAGAUGAAGAGAAAAAAAUUUAACAUAGGCUGUCAUGUUAUUAUUCACAGAUUGGAUUGAUGCAGUACAACUCAGAUAUUAAGUAUUAUUAUCAUUAACAUCAAGUGAGAUCCGCAUCUUUUUCAUUUUGUUCAUCAAACUUAGUAUCAGGACAUUGAUUACAUAUAUAAAUACAAAUUGUCAUUGUGUAAACCCGUAUGAUGACAUGUAGAAUUAUAACACGGCUAAAGAUUAGUGUUUUACUGAGAACAGUGUAUGUAUGAAAUUCAAAGUGAUAUGAUAUUGCUCAAUUUAAGGAUUUUGCAUCCCCAACAUAUUAUAUCCAAAUUGGUAAUUUGUAUCCCGCCCCCUCCCUUCCAUGAUUCCGAAUUGGUUCUUUUUACAAUAGUUGUCACCUUCCUUGCAGAAGCAUAGACCAUCGUUAUAUCCCCCAGUGGUGGCGUUUAUGACGUCUGCAACCUGAUUCAUUGGAAGUUGAAACCAAGUGCGUCUAAGAAUUUCGUCAGCCACGGAGGUUAAGUCUGGCUUCCUGUUGCCAUCUUCAGUCUGCUCCUAAAGGAUUUGAUUUGCAAAUCCAACCACAAAUGAGUUAGGUAUGAACUGAAUCAAAAGGAAUGAAUAGAAUAUUUUUACUGGUCAUGCCGAUCAGAGGUUCAUUCAUACCAAGGAGAUAUCUCCUUGUUCAUACUGUCAACUUUUUGUUAUCCUCGUGAAGUACGGUCCUGUGUCAAGUUCCUCACAGUGUUUUCGAUAAGUAUAAGAUACUUAUACAAUAUAGGGUAUUUGUAAUUGCAAAAUGAAAUUUGUCUUAAUUUACUUUUAUGGAGACUUUCUCAAAGGGCAGUUUGGUCUUUAAAACAUUUCAUUUAGAAAUGAAUAUAAUGCUGUGUAUAUUUCUCCUUCAACAUUAUCAUGACAAUAUACAAAAUUCAAACGUAUAUAGAGCGUAAAAUAUUCUUUGACCCAUAUUGAACUCAUGUUAGAUUUAAACUCUAACAGAUAUCUCGAACAGUACAAAUUCUUGUCAGCUCAUUUGACACUCAAUCAUUCACAGCUUACUAGGGAAUAUUUACUAAAAUUGCUCCCUUCAUCAUUAAGACAUGAGGGAAGUGCCACUUAAAGAUAUAAAAAAUAGUAAUAUAAAUGUGAUUUUAAAAUCUUUGGAUUCCCUAUAUAUUUGUAAUCACGGAGUGAAUCCAUGUCCUACCAGACUUCAGGUUUUUUUCUUUGGAGCAGUGUAAUUUGGAUGCAAUUGUUUGUCUUUUUUACACACAAAUAUUUUUCAGGGUUAAUGACAAAGUACACGCGAAACACAUUCUGACAUAUUAUUGAUCUGAAAGACUUUAAAAAUUUGAAAUUAAAGUUAUUAUUUUUCUUUACUCAGCAUCCUAUGAUAAUGUUUUAAAAGGGCCUUACCAACUGGGGGUGCUGUGGGCUCCAACUUUUUUCUGUUUGGUUUUGUUGAUUUUUCGCCGACAUGAAUUUUGGCUCAUUAUAAAUGUUCUCUGUGGGAGCAAAAUAUCUAUGCUUCUUUGGGGGAUCUGAAGUCCUCUUCAAAAGACAUAAAACAAAGAAGUAAUCUUGUACGGGCCUGUACAUGACUUUAUUUCAUAUACUUGUUCGAGCAACCGAUUGAACACAGACCAAGAGAAAAUCAUCUGUGUGAUUAAAACUGCUCAUCUGUUCAUUUACGAAACGGUGCCCAAAUGCCUCUUUGAUGUUUAUCAGGGUGCCUUUCUCUGUGUGAGAUGAAUUGAUGUAAAGCUCCGAGAUAUCCUUCACGGAGUGGAAGAAAAAAAUCAACAUCGUUAGGGUGUCUUGUUGUUAUUACCUUUAUUGUGCGUUUGAUAUUCUAACUUCAGCCACUGCCACUUGAGUUUAAAUGGACUUGAGAGUUCUUCAGAGACCCUAAAUCUUAUCAUGUCUGUAGGACUAUAGUGAUCUAAAAUCGAGAGCAUUAUAAUGAUUAAAUACCUUUCCUUCUUAUAUCUCCCAUUGUUCGUAUAAAGAAACAUGAUUUGAUCAUAGUCAAUUUGAGUGGAGAUGUAAUGAUAAUGCUAUUUUGAAAUAAUAACGUAGGUGUCAUUUACAACACAAAUUGUUUCUUGAGUAUGUGAUGUCAUCUAUUAUUAAAUCAAUUAUGCUCUUCCCAUGCUGUGAAUAAUUUUUAAUGAACUCUUAUGCCUUACUCUUAUUAUUUCAUACAUGAUUUUUUUAUAAGUUUCUAACAGGCAUGAAUACAAAUAAAAAAUUCAGUGAAAUAUAAUGCUUACCUUCAUUACGAGAGCCCAGAAAUGGAAAUCUUGGGGAAUUGGAUGGAAUUCUCGCAAUAUGUAUUUUUUGUCGGAACCAUCAUGGCUGCCAGUUCUCACCUUAUUGAUAGUUUCCACUGUUUUUUGGUUCUCAUGGAAAGCAAUGGAGUAGUCCUCUGGUACAUACUGUGCAAGAUUGUUGAGGAUAGCAUGCAUUCCUACAGUAGUACCUGGAUUUUGGUAUCAUUGCAGCUGCCAGCUUCACUUUAUUAUUUGUUUCCACUGUUUUUUGGUCCCCAUGGAAAGCAAUUAUGGAGUAGUCCUCUGGUACAUACUGUGCAAGAUUGUUUAGGAUGACAUGCAUCCCAGCAGUAGUACCUGGGUUUUGGAACCAUUGCAGCUGCAAGCUUCACCUUGUUGAUCGUUUCGACUGUUUUUUGGUCCCCAUGGAAAGCAAUAGAGUAGUCCUCGGGUACGUAUUCUUCAAGUUUUUUCUUGGUACCACUCACGUCGUCAUCUGAUUCUUGAAUUCUUCUUCCGUGUUGCUCAUACCACAUCCACCAUUACUUUGAAAAAGGACAGGGAAGGGUUUACCACAUCUACAAAGUACAAAACAGCUGCAUAAAAACAUAGGGUGAUGACAACUAGGUAAUGCUGCAACCAUGAAUUGUUGCAGCACUAUUCCAACACGGAUUCCAUGGCAAAGAAUCGCAAUGCUACAAAGAGUUGCAGGGAUGCGGGCAAUGCUCUUCUCUUUGUAGCAUGCUCUAAAUCAUUUGCAAAUUCUGAGAUGAGGUGCAUUAUACCUAUUCUGUCGAACCUGUACUUCUUGAACAUGUCUACAACAUCGUAGAUGUCAAGGGGAUUGGUCCUGUCUCUGAAAAUCACACCAGAGGGCAGCACGCACAAACAAAAAUUUGUUAAAUUAUCUUCCAUGCAUUUUUCCUUUGAUUUUUGGUAGUCUUAGUUUUGUAUUUUGUUGAUUCUAUCCAACUCUUACUACUUUCCAGCGCUUUAAUAUAAACAAUGUGUAUCAAGCGUAUGUUUAUUAUUACUAUUAUUAUUAAUAACAUAUUCAUCACUGCUGCCAUAUUUUAGCUGUCUUUCGUUGAACCUAUUUUUUAGCAUCUCUUUGACAUUGUCAUCUUAUAUGUUGAACAGAUAUGAGUGGCCAUGGAAGACCUACUCCCUCCUCCUGCAGUGAAAUGGCAGCAACACUUCCAUCUUGGUUGUCAAGGGCAAUCUCCACUUGUUGGAUGAAAUUAGAGCACUUGUCAGGUUUUUUUGUGUGAAAAUUUUUCAUUAAAAUCAAUUCAACAUUUAUUUCCAAAGGUAAAAGCAUUUAUUCAUGUUUAGAAGUUACAAUACAAUGGAGGUAGCAACUCUGUAAGAAGAUGUUGUGACGAGUGCACCGUGACAUAGACAAAAAAGACAUAAUACAUGAAAAAGACUUAUCCAUACAAAACGCAUUACACAACAAAUGGAAAGUUGUUGGAUGAGUUAGGGAUUAAAAGCAGACGUGACGUCUGACAAGUCUUUUCAUGAAAUAUUUCCUGGAUGUGUUACAUUAUGCUUCUUUAAAAAAAAAUAGAAAUAACAAGUCAUUACUAAUAGUGGAUUAGAGUCCAGAUGACAUUGGCUUUUAUGGGAAAAAAAUCUGAUAUUUAUUUACCAUGAACCCAAGUUAGAUUUGUCUUAUGAACUCAACUUUGGCUUACGCCUUGUCUACCUACUGAAGAGUUCAUGGACUCUUCUUGGAACAAAAAUGAGCUUAGUUACGAUAGAACGAGAAUUGGAAAGUUAGAGAGACAGCUGAACAUUCUGGACUGUAGGUGUGGGGGACAGUGUCUGGCAGGAGUUUAGAUGGGUUUUUCCCCCGAGUCCUAUCUCGUACAUCUGAAGCUGCAUUUGGUCAUAUUAUGUCUUAUAAAAAUAUAAACUACAUAUGUUUGACACAAGUGUGGUCAAAAACCUGAUGCAUUUGUAUGAAAUGGAUCUAUGCAACCUGAAGUGGCAAAAAUCUCCCACAGAAUUGGUUUGUACUGAUAUUGCGCUUCAAGGACCCGAUGCAUUUGUAUGAAAUGGAUCCAUGCGAUCUGAUGUGGCAAAAAUCUCCCUCCAGUAUUAGUAGAGGCAAGCAGGUUCUGAGACAAACUGGUUUAUUAGACGAAGUUAUGAUUGGAAUGGCAUUUAUACUCUUAAUGAAGUUAUACCAUGUGAUGAGUGGACAAGUUGGCAAUACACAAAUUAGCAAUUUAUCCACUAUCGCCGUACAUGUAGUCCUAGAAUCAUACAUAUGACCAUCAGGCCUGAUGACCAUUUUAUUAACUGAUUAGCAUAUGAAAUCAAAACUUUUUUUUCAUUCAUAUAUUGGAAGAAAUGCAAGACACACUGGAUCUAACUUCUAAGAAAAAAAAAUUGAUUCCAGAGCAUUAGUUUUGGAGGGCAUAAACCUUUUUUGUUGUUGAAUGUGGCAUUUGAAGGUACCGGUAAUGAAUUUCCUUUAAUUAUCUUAAUACAGCCAACAUUAUUUUUCAGUUUAAUAACUUUUUUCUAUUCUCUUUCAAAGACUGGCCCAUGUGAUGUAAAGAGAAAUUGUUUUAAAAAUAGAAAUAAAAAACAAUGUAUAAAGUACUAUGUUUAUUUGUAUAUAAUGUAAAUUGUAGAAAGACUUGUGUGAAAUAUGAAUACAGUUUAUUACUGAAUAAAAUUAUAUCGUGUGA